AUGAAAGGCUUCCUCGGCUUAACGCUGCUGCCCGUGUUGGCAGCUGCGUCCCCCAUGGGUGUAGGCUCCAUCCACAAUGAGGCAGCCCCCAUCCUCUCGUCCAUGAACGCCGAGGAGAUCCCAGACUCCUAUAUCAUCGUGUUUAAGAACCACGUAGAUCCAUCCGUGGCCGCCGCUCACCACGACUGGGUGCAGGAUAUCCACUCCUCCCAACAGCGUAUGGAGCUGAAGAAGCGUUCUCUAUUUGGCUUCAACGAUGAUGCCUACAAGGGCCUCAAGCACACUUUCCACGUCGCUGGUUCGCUGAUGGGAUACGCUGGCCACUUCCACGAGGAUGUUAUUGAGCAGGUCCGCCGCCACCCGGAUGUUGAUUACAUCGAGAAGGACUCCGAAGUCUGGACUAACUCGGUUCCCUCUGUCGAGAAGAACGCUCCCUGGGGUUUGGCCCGUAUCUCCCACCGUGACAGCCUUUCCUUUGGCACCUUCAAUAAGUACCUGUACGCUGAAGAUGGCGGUGAGGGUGUUGACGCCUACGUGAUUGACACUGGCACCAACAUCGAGCACGUUGACUUUGAGGGCCGUGCCAGCUGGGGCAAGACCAUUCCCCAGGGCGAUGCUGAUGAGGAUGGAAACGGUCACGGCACUCACUGCUCCGGCACUAUCGCUGGCAAGAAGUACGGUGUUGCCAAGAAGGCCAACGUCUAUGCCGUCAAGGUCUUGCGCUCUAACGGCUCUGGUUCCAUGUCUGAUGUCGUUAAGGGUGUUGAGUGGGCUGCCGAGGCUCACAUCAAGAAGACCAAGGAUGCUAAGGCCAGCAAGAGCAAGACCUUCAAGGGAAGUGUUGCCAACAUGUCCCUGGGCGGUGGUAGCUCGCGCACUCUGGACCUUGCUGUCAACGCCGCUGUUGAUGCUGGCAUUCACUUUGCCGUUGCCGCUGGUAAUGACAAUGCUGAUGCUUGCAACUACUCUCCUGCCGCUGCUGAGAAGGCCGUCACUGUCGGUGCAUCCACCCUCAGUGAUGAACGUGCUUACUUCUCCAACUACGGAAAGUGCACUGAUAUCUUCGCCCCUGGUCUGAACAUUCUUUCCACCUGGACUGGCAGCAAGUAUGCCGUCAAUACCAUUUCGGGAACCUCCAUGGCCUCCCCCCACAUCGCUGGUCUGCUGGCCUACUACGUCUCCCUGCAGCCCGCCGCGGACUCUGGUUACGCCGUCGCCGAGAUCACUCCCAAGAAGCUCAAGGAGGCUCUUAUCACUCUCGCCACUGAGGGUGCUCUCAGUGACAUCCCCGAGGAUACCCCUAACCUCCUCGCCUGGAACGGUGGUGGCAAGGACAACUACUCUGAGAUCAUUUCUGAGGGUGGUUACAAGGUUGUCUCCGAGCCUGGUGUUGAGGACCGUCUCAAGGAACUGCUUGGCCAGGCUGAGAAGACCUUCCACAAGGAGAUGGGUGCUAUUUACAGCGAGAUCAAGGACGCUGUUGUGGCUUAG